AUGCCUGUCCCCAUGCCUGUCCCCAUGCCUGUCCCCAUGCCUGUCCCCAUGCUUGUACCCAUGCCUGUACCCAUGACUCUUGUCUCAUCCGUUCCCUCUUCAUCCUCUCUGAUUGCACCACCUUCGAGGCGCCUAAAAACAUGUUCCCAUGCUUCUUCCCAUGCCUAUUCCCAUCUCUUCAUCCAUCCCCAUACUGCCCCUCAUGGCCACUCUUCUUUCCUCGUCAUCCCUCCUCUCUUCUCCAUCCCAUCUUGUCUCAUCCCUUCUCUCUUCAUCCUCUCUCGAAGCACCAAUUUUGAGGCGCCUCAAAAGUGUUCCCAUGCUUCUUCCCAUGCUUGUCUCAUCCCUUCUCUCUCCAUCCUCUCUCGAAGCGCCAAUUUUGAGGCGCCUCAGAAGUGUUCCCAUGCUUCUUCCCAUGCCUGUCUCAUCCCUUCUCUCUUUAUCCUCUCUGAUGGUACCACUACCCUCUAUAUGCUCUGGCCUGAUUUCCGCUCCCCUAUUUUUUUCCUCCCUCCCCCCUCCCUUUUCCUCUCUUCCCCUUCCCUUUUCCUCCCUUCCCCCUCUUUUAUGCUGCCUUCCCUCUCCCUUAUCCUCCCUUCUCCCACCCAUCUCCUCCCCUCUCCUUCCCCUUCCCUUAUUCUCUCCCCCCUCUUCCCCAUCCCCUACCCAUAUCCUUCCCUCUCCAGCGCUUAG